AGUAGCUGCAGUAUGUCGACAUACGUUCCUUACAUACCAGCAACGAUUAUGCAAAAUACUUGUGUCGCCGCCAUUUGUUCCCGUCGUCCUUUGCCCAUUAAAUGUCUCCACCUGCCCGACGCUUACGCGAUGACUGCCCCCUUUUGAUCAUUUUUAUAGUUCGCUUUUGCAGCAGCGUAUCCCGAUUGAGAAAAAACCUUCCCUCGCUAGCUAUUCGACCGUAGAGGCUAGUGCCAAUCCCGGAACAAUAUCCGCCGCAUCAAGUAACUGGCGUUAGGGCUGAUACACUUUCCGCGUGGACGACCUGGUGCCCCGAUUCUUCUUGAGCCAGGACGAAGGCUAAUGCAAGAGCAUUAAUUCCCUCAAAAGCUUCGUCGUCUCCGUGGGUACGGAGCUUUCCGACGACGCAUAUAUCUCACUCGGGAGGAAGGCAGCUGUCUUGUAAAUUCUGCUUGACAGGAAGAUGCUACAGUCAAUGGGGACUUGCUACGCUUCCCACAAUGAUUCAGCAAGUCAACCCCACAAGACAGCGGAGAGGAGAGUUCAGCAAAAUCCUUCGGAGAGAAGAAUUCCAGGAUCAAAUUGUGACAGCAAAGACUGGACUAAAAAGCGAAAACCAAAUUCACCGCAAAAGGAACGGCUCUCUGCAGUUGGAAGGUCUUAUUUUUCAUCAAACGCUUCCACCUCGCCAACGGAACGACGUCGUCAGAAGAGCCCAGUUGUGCGGGGUAGAGCGGCAUCUCUGUCCCCGCCUCCACCUCCACCUGGCCCAGCACCCGCAUUCGCUUAUGAUGCAGGUCGAAGAGGAACUGAUAGCACCCUGAACAACCGCCUGCCACGUGCAUCACUCUCACAACCCUGUGGGCCACUAGAUCGAUCAGCGAGCGAGAGUAGUUUGAAGACGAAAAAAGGAAGAGCGACUCCAGACCUAUCUGACGUAUUCAAAUAUGAUGGCGACCCUAGUGUUUUGGAAACACCGCCAGCCGCGGAACAAGUGGGAGGACCGAUAUCUAUCUUGACCGACCCGGACGUCCGUGCAUCGCUAUACGGGCGAUCCGGGAAAGUAGCAUCCCGACCCAUCACCCAAUCACAUAUGCAUACUCGUGUCUCAAUGACUCUUGGCAAAGUGAAGUCAAAACCUCCCCCACUCAGGUUUGAGAUGAAGCCUCGCCCGUCCGGCUUCAACAACGUGUUUGAUAGUAACGGGGCGCGAGAGGUGCGGGAGCGCGCUGCAGACCAAGAGGAAGCGUCUGAAGUCUUUAUCGACAGUGAUGGCAAGCGAGAUUCCGGGAUUGGAUUGCGGGAGGAUGCCGCUGAGUCUUGCCCCCAAAACGACGAUCAUCCGCAGCCUAAAAGUCGUAUUAUUAUUCAUGAGAAACCCGCUAUUGGGCGGCGGAAUUCAAGUUCUUGUUCAUCCGCCACUGGGCAUUCGCAACAGGGUAGGUCUCACUCAAGCAGGUCUAGGUCACCGACACUGUCGAGGUCGCGAUCGGCGUCUAGAACGAAAAGCGAACCACGGCAGCUGGAGCAGCUACGUGCGCGCUCACGAUCAAAGUCUCGGUCUCAGUCCAGAAAACGAACGAGGAGUCGGUCUUCAGAUGGUCAAAAGCAUCGACAUUGGGACCGCGUACGAGAUCGGAGUGAUAGUCGAAGUCGAAGGCGUAGACGUAGUGGGCAGUACUAUGUACCCGAUCGCCAUAGGACUAUGCGACAUCAUAGGAGCCCGCCAAGAUCUAAUGAGAGCGCCAAUGCAUCAAGAUCUAAAAAGCCAAGAUCAAUAUCGCUUCAGGCAGGAAAAGUAUUAAUUAAAGAACGAACGGUGGAGCGCGACGUUAAGGAAGGCUGGACGCCGAUAGCCCCAGCGGAUCCCGUUAAACCACGAAAGCUCAAGAUAGGCCGAGGCGAUGAUGAAAAGAGACGACAUACAUCUAACAAACGGCGACGAUCACCAAGAACGACCGAGAGGAGAUGGUCUAAAGCGAGUAGUGAAUCGAUGGAUGUCGUGGAGGGUGAACCUCACGAGUUGGGCAACAGCGAGAGUUAUGAUGAAGAUCCUUCUGCAAUGGAAGGGCAGGUAGAUCAAGGAACCGAAGAGAUGUUUCUGGGGGCCAGCGGAUCUCUUACACCCGAACAAGUAUGCCCAGUACUGCUGCCGGAUGUAAUUACACCAGUGGAGAGUGAACUGGAAACGGACGUUGAAGGACAAGCUUGUUCAGAAUCUGACGGGUCAGCACUGAGUUGCGUCCGGGCGGAUGAUCCUGUGGCGGAAGUCGUGAUGCCGGCAGAGACACAUCCAACCACGCAAGUACCAUCGCUCGUUUCAGAGACCCUGGACAUACCUGAAGGCACGGAAGAGUGGUCAUCAAGUGAUGGCGGGCUGGUGGAAGACGAUUACCGAGGUUUGGAUGUUGUUGAAGAGGUAGGGUAUGUACCUGUGUUGGGCGGAGUAGAGGAAGCCUUGGGAUCGAGUAUGAAUGGGCUGGUGCCAAGAGACCCAACCGAUCCGCUUCAUCUCGUAAACCAUCUCACUUCUGCUACAACAUAUCCCCCCAUGGUGGCCCUCCAUGUUCGUGGAACGAACAAUGCCCGGGCAAUUUUAGCAGGCACGCUUGUUUCUAUCACACCGACCGCCACAAUGCACCUAACUGCAGCACGAGAAACUACUAUUCACAUUGCCGACAUACCUGAUACACGGGACGAUCUCGACAGUGUCGAGAUGGAUGAUUUCGAUCCUUUUGCCUUAAUUGAUGAGUUUUACGACGGAGAAGAAAAGAAGAAGACUGAUGAAAUUAAGAUGAGGAGAGUUGUGAUUGUUCGGAAAAGGGAUAUUGCCAAUGUUUGGGUUGAUGGGGAGAAAGUCGAUGCUGGUGCGCUGCUGAGAUGACUUGCUUUGAAUCCGUUGCAGUGUGGUAUACCCUGUUUGAUAGUCGCACGAAACUACUCUGAGAAAUAGAUAUUAGAAUGGUAAAUAGGAUAGCGCUACGAGACAAUAAAUACAUUGGUAGAUGAGGCUUAUAUGGUUA